AUGACUUAUAUAAUUAAUACUCCCCAGCCGACUACGGCAUUUGAUCCAAACACGACGGUUUGCAGUGUACCUUUCAUUAACGAUGCUUCAUUAAUUGAAUUAAGGGAUUCAACAGUUAAUGAAUCAUUAAAGGCUUCAUUAAUGAAAAUCAUUGAUUUUAACUCAUUCAUGAAUACAUAUAAUUCAUUCAUUAAUGUUUCAUACACUUCUAAAGAAGGUGGGCCAAAAACUAUCGAUAAAGCGGUGUAUGAAAUAAAAGCAUCAAUGACGAAAUUGAAUUCGUUAACUUUUGACGGUGAUAGCUCCGUUAACAGCAUGACAUCAGGAAAAACGAUUUUAACGAAAGAAUAUUUAAAAUCUCAUGUUAGUGAGUUCGUUGAAAUUGAAAAAGAAGGCGGAAUUAAGUUCGAUCCACUGGGUUUCAUUUUCGACUUAGCGAAUGCGGGUGUUAGUUUCGCUGAAUGGACAACUAUACAGAGUGAGAUAAACGCCAUAUGGACGUUUUUGGGGUCGAAAGCGGGAAUGGGUGAGCUUGUAGAUGCUGCAAGAACAUUAGGUGAAACGGGAAAUUUUGUAGAUGGUUUUAAAAGACUUGUUUCAAAUGUUUUAACAAACACAAAGAAAUUAUUUAGAUACACCGUACAUAACGGACAGAUUUUCGAACAGGUAGCAACAAACCCUCCGGUUAUGGCUGCGUUGAUGGUGUCUAGAGACAUAAAGCCGCGUAGCGGCGAGGGCAAAGCCCAUGAAGAAGAGGAGGAACAACAGAGCCCAACGGGCUCAGAGCCACAUAGUGGCGAGGAUACGGGUCAGGUUAUUCGAGACAUUAAAAACGUGUAUCCUGAAGUUAUUGAUUUAUUUAGAGGUGUUAAUGAUUCGAUUUCAAAUCAUUCUAUAACCCUUGAUGAAGAGAAUAAAUUAACAGAUUAUAUAUUCGUCAUUAUUGCAGAACUAAUGAAGAGAAUAAAUGAAAAAGGUAUUGAUGAUAUCAUUAAUGUCAGCGAUGUAAUGAUGAAAAGAAAUUUUGACUCAUUAUUUACAGAACCGAAAACAGAAUAUAGUCUUUAUGAUGUAAUUACUGAAUUAAUGAAAAAGAUUAAUGAUAAUAAGAGUUCUGGUGGAAGGGUUGAAUUAGAGGUGAAUGAUGUUAAUGAGAAAUUAGAUAGUAAGGCAGACAAAAAUGAGCUUUUAGCUCUGAGUGAUAGAGUCACGAACCAUGUUCAUUAUGUAAGUUCAGAUGAACAUAUUAUAACGGAUUAUCAUGGAUAUUUAACACGAACCGAAGAAAGAGUGAAGACGGAAGAUGUUAAUGAAAGAAGAUAUAAAUUCAUUCGUGCUGAAGGUUAUGACAUACGUUGUACUGUACAGUAUGACACAGGUAAAGCACCAGAAGCAUUUGAUUAUAACGAUGAAAUUUAUGCCUAUAGUUUCUUUGUUAACGAUGUAUUAGUUGAACCAAGAUUUACUUUGAUGGUUAAGUCAAGAAUGAAGGUGGAAGAUGCUAUUAAAACUAAAGCUGACAAAGAUGAACUUGACGCAACGAACAAAGUUUUGGAAUCUCAUAAACACAAUAUCUCCGACAUAAAUUCACUUCAAACUUCAUUAGACAGUAAAGCAGACAAAAAUCAUACGCAUGAAUCCUUCACAACUGUUAGAGCAGACGACAUAAUACUGAACUUUGAUUUGGGUUCAAGUGCACCUUUAGAGAAUCCAAGCACUAGCGUAAAAGACACGCUUAACAGUUUAGAUAGUAAAUGUACAAAUAUCGAAGGUCAUGUCAGAAACUUUGAAACAUAUGAACUACCAGCAAUGUUAGAUAAGAAAGCAGAUAAAGAACAUACACAUAACUCCUUCUCAACUAUUAGAGCUGAUGAGAUAAUAUUGAAUUGGGCUAUUGCUUCAUCAAGCAUGCGUGAUGAAGAUAUGUGCACUAACCUAAGAGAUAUGGUUGUUGAUUUAGCCAAUAAAACCGACAAAAUAUAUGUAGAUGAAGAAUUAAAUCGUUAUGAUACAAAAGCAAUGAGUUAUACAGAAGAAGCAAAGGAAUGGGUAGAUGAAAAUUAUGCAAAGAAGUCGGAAGUAAAUGAUAAAAUUAAUGGAAAAGCUGAUAAAGAGCAUGUGCAUGAAGAAUUUCAAACAAUCAGGAUUAAAGAAAUUAAUGCAUACAUUGAAGAAGUAACAAAAACAGGAAGAGACGGUACACCUUUAGUUGAACAAAAUAUUUAUCCUCCUACUUUUCCUAAUGGUUUAAUAACAAACAAUAUAAAUAUUGUAGAUGGCGAUGGAUUUAUAAAUGUUAAACAUGAACUUCAAACAAUGAAGACUCAGAUUCUUGAAACCAUAUAUCCUAUAGGCUCUAUUUAUACGUCAAUGAAUUCAACUAAUCCGGCAAGUGUUUUAGAUUUUGGUACGUGGCAGCAGAUUGUAGAUAAAUUCUUAUACUGUGCUAAUUCAUCAAAUCAAACGGGUGGUUCAAAGAAAAUUUUAGAAGCAAAUCUUCCACCGCAUAAGCAUACAGGAACUACAAACACAACAGGUAAUCAUUCACAUUCAAUAACAAAAAGAGGUUAUACAAAUCUUGCAGCAGGUUCGGAUAGACAGGGAAUGAAUAGAUAUGAUAUUUCAAGUGACCCAGUAGAUUCAAGCGCAGGUAUUUUCUGUGGAACCGCAGGAAAUCAUUCACACACUUUCACAACAAAUUCAACAGGUUUGGGUGCAGAUUAUAUGCCACCUUAUAUGACAGUUUAUGCAUGGGUUAGAACGGACUGA